GGCCAGGGCUGCGAGACAUGAAGGCGCAGUGGAGCAGUAUAAUACCGGCCAUCACCGACACCUGGGCAGAGAACGCAGACUGCAACGGAUUCGGAAGUGUCACGUGCAACGGUGCUGGCUUCGUGACAACGAUAGACUUGAAACAAAACGAUCUAACGGGCUCCCUUCCUGUGACCAUUAGCGUCUUCAACAGCCUCGAAUACCUGUACGUACUCUUUCACAAUUCUUAG